AUGUCAUCUGGUGUAGCCGUCAACGACGAGUGUCUCUCCCUCUAUCAAGAUCUCAAGAUCGGUAAGAAGUACAAGUAUAUCAUCUUCAAGUUGUCCGACAACAAUGCAGAAAUUGUUGUUGAGAAGAAGGCCGAGAGUGGUGACUAUGAUGACUUCUUGGCUCAGCUCCCUGAAAACGAACCUCGCUAUGCCGUCUAUGAUUUCGAUUAUGAGAAGCCUGGAGAGGGUAAGAGAAGCAAGAUUACAUUCUACGCCUGGAUUCCUGAUACCUCCAAGGUUCGUCAAAAGAUGUUGUACGCCUCCAGCAAGGAUGCUAUUCGUAAGAACUUGGUUGGUUUAGCUAUUGAAAUUCAAGGCACUGAUGCUUCUGAGGUCGCCUAUGAAGCUGUUUUGGACAAGGCCAGUCGUUCUGCUUAA